UUGACGUGUCGCCUAACCUACAAAGAGGGAAUACCGAAUAAUCACAAAAAACCAUGAAAGACUACAAUCGAUCGUGGAAACGCGUCGACUCUUAUGAUUUAUCUCUGUUUAUUUGGUCUCUGGUAAAAUCCAUGAUGAGGAAUAGGAAUGCCAUUGAAGCUGUGCGACUGCAACAGGCACAAGUUUGAUAAAGUAAUCGAUCAAGUGAAAAUACUGUCAAAGACUAUCGACGAGCUUCAAGAAGAAAUCGGGUCUCUGAAAACGAGUUUCGCCGAUCAGAGCUCGGACGACGGGAGCUCAGAAGAUCGUGAAAAUUUCGAAAAAACACGAGACAACGGACCCUUGCGAAAAUUGACACAGUGUUUUAGGAGAAAUGUUUUUCCUUUUAUUUCCAGGGACACCGCGUGUAACCUUAAAAAAAAGUGUUCACAAUUUUGUCGUUACUCUGCUCAAACCUCGCCGUGCUCCGCGCAGUUCUGCUCGCAAGAACCUUCCUUUCGUCAAUGUCGUUGCACUUCUCCUUCUUCCAACAAAAGAAAAUAUAAUUACGGGCCUUGCCAAAGGCCCGAACCCAGAGUGAAAUCGAGUACAAGAAAAACUUCGAAAGUCAGAAAAAAAUGUGCAAAAACCGUUCGUAAAAGGCCUGAAAAACUUACACUCUCAACGUCUUCGUCGGACGACAGCUCGAGAUGUUCGCCGCGCGUACCCAGGCCCAAGAAAUGUCGUUGCUCGCAUCAAUUGCCCGAAAUUCUAAAAUCUCGUAAGCCUUCCGACGAUGAAACAAAGAAGGAAAAAACAACCCCAAAUCAAAAUUGUAGACGAAGCGUUGACGAGAACGCCGAGAAGAAAAAAUGCGUUGCUGCUGUGACCGAAGACUCGACAACGAGCUCUGGCCUAUUAACCAGUAAAACUUCGCUCGAUUAUCACCCAACAAAUUGUCAACGGAGUAAAAAAUUCAAGGGAAUUAAGGUACUGAGGAGUGCGACGAAUGACAGAAAAUCGGCGUUGCCUCAGUGUUGUCCGGACUGUCUUCACAUUAAGGCGUCGAAUAUGUGCCCAAUGCAGAUAUCGACGAAUGAGAUCAUAGCAAAUUUGGUUAUGAAUGAAAUUUGUAAGAGCAAUCUUCAAAAAAAGAGACUCGAGACUCAAGAGACUCAGACGUUUAUAAAAAAAUCCAGCAUAACCGACGAUUUACGCUGCGAUGCAUGCGAGGAGAACGCGGGAAAAUGGCUGCGGUGUGGAAGUUUAUUUUCACUGAUUUCGCACUCGCCGACAACAAUCAAUUGUUCUCUCAAAACUAAUGAAUUUACGGAAAAAUCGUCACCGAACGUUUGCCACAAUCAGGAAAAUAUAACAUUUGAGACAAAACGAGUGAUGGCUGCUGAAAACGGAAACGGUUUUCAAGAAACAAAUUUUGUUCAGGCAAACUGUAACGAGAAAAAGCCCGCCGUGACAUCUAACGAAUUACUGAGUGAUGAGAGACUCGCGAACAAUCGACCGAAGCGAACUUACGUUAUUUUGCCAAAAACACUAUCAAUAAAAAUCGAUGGUAAAGUCGACCAACUUUUUAAUGAGCAACGCGAAGACCUUCCUCCCGAGACUACAUGCUUGAAACUCGAAAUCGAUGAUUUAGCACGUUCGUACUGCAGGAGACUAUCAAAGGAAGAGUACCCGAGGAGAAAAAGCGAGAAGUAUUUUCUUAAAUUUUCUUCGUGGUUGAGAAAAAAAUUGAAAAGCUCUAGCAACGAAGCGAUUAGUAGCGCAAACUGUAAGUGCCGUUCGCCAUCUGCGCCCGAGUUAUCCGUUGGAUCUUGUUCUCUGACUUCGAAUUGUAAUUUUGGUACGAGCCGGUUGUUUCAACGUCAGACCGUAAAUAGGCCUAAUUGGAGGGAGGAUCAGACGGAACCUUGAAUUAUGAAAUUAAAUAAGGAUAAAAUAUCGAAAUGGAUUUUUUAUUCAUUUGAAUAUUUGAAUAACGAUACAGCAUCCAACGAAGUAAAGUUGACGUUCAACAGCGCUGUAUGACGAUGAUAGCAAUAAAUUGUCUGUGAUUCA